CUGAAGGUCCUUGCCUAGAACCAUCAAAACUAAUAAAGAAAACGAAGAUGUGUGAAAACGAAAUAUGGCCUCCCCCAAAGUAAUUUGAUUGCAUGAGUUUGAAGACUAAAAUCCAAUAGGAGAUAUGUUGUAACAUAUGAGUCACAAAGAACGUGUGCUAAAGAUGAGACAGAAAGAAGUGUUGACCAAAACCUUCCAAGCCCCUGCUGUUGUUUGUAGUUCUUCAAAUAGUCACAUUUACAUGUUUAAAAAUGACAAUUCAGACUCAGAUGAACUGUCUGAAGAAGAACUAAAUGUGGAAUUGAGACCAAGGGGAAAGGAGCGACAAAAGAAUGCUGGAAGAGAGAGAGUAGGGGAUGUGGUAUUGCUAGAACGGGAACUCACAGAAGAUGAUAACCUUAACAAACUUGCUCUUCAGUAUGGUUGUAAAGUUGCCGACAUCAAGAAAGUAAACAACUUUAUCAGAGAACAAGACUUAUAUGCUUUAAAAUCUAUAAAGAUUCCAGUAAAAAAUUAUGGCAUCUUAACAGAGACAAGCAAGGAAUUAAAACCACUCCAAACUACAUCUGAGUCUAGGUUGACGUUCAUUCAAUUUCCAGACUCAGAUAAUGCAGCUACAGAGACUAAUUGUGCAAAAUCCAACCAACUGACAGAUUUUUUUAAGGAGAUUGAUCAAGAUAUUGAGAGUGCAAUACAAUCAGAAAUCUAUUUAAAUCAAGAUUAUUGCACAGAAACCCCAAACCAGCCUUUGCUUCCAAUUAAUCAGAAGACUCUGAUGAAUGGUGCAGACUGUGGAAUUCAAUGGUGGAAUGCUGUUUUUAUCAUGCUUCUGAUAGGAAUUAUUUUACCAGUGUUUUAUGUGGUCUAUUUUAAAAUACAGAGCACUGGAGAAACCACUAGUACUUUGAAUGGAACUGUAGGUCCCAAUGGCUCAAUAUCAACCAAUACAAUUCCAGGCAAAGCCCUAGAAUUGGAGAUUCCACUGAAGACUACAAUUUCUUCAGACAAUUUUGGACAAAUAGGAAGUUAAGCAUAUCUCUUCUUUAGAAAGCAAUGAAAUCUGGGUCUCACCUCUAGUAACUGGGUUCUCAUUGGGCAUGUGUUGGUAACUUCCUAUAGGUAAACAAUUCACAAUGAAGAUCUUUAGCCAUUUACUUGGAUUUUGUGAAAGAGGCCAGGACAAAUUAUCUGGCCACAUUUAUCUUUGUCUCAGGUACAGUCAUACAUAUGAAACCACUUUUUUUCAGGCACCUUAUUUCCUAGAAAACUAAGUUUAAAUGAAUUCUUUUAGAAAUGUGGUUGAAGCUAAAUUUCCUACAUGGAGUACCAUUUUGGUAUAUAGUAUUUAAAUGCUUUUUGAGUGUGUCCUCUAUUCUGAAAGUUUUUCCUCCUUAAUUGCAAACAAAAUUGGUAAAAACUAAAGGAGAUUAUAUAGUAAAGUAGAACUAGCUGCAACUUUUAUGCCUCUAUUCAAAAUGGGUAUUUUUAGUGUUAAAUGCUAGUAAUUAUUAAUCUUGGAUAAUAUUAAGAAGUCCCUUUUAUGCUGGGCAUUCUGAGUGACUUAACAGCAUGUUGCUACAACAAAAAACCAUCUAUGUGGAUAAAAGUAACAUGGAAGUGUUUGUGGCAAUAGGUAAUUCAUUUGAGUUAUUGAGUGACUCCUCAUUUCGCUUUUGAGAACCAUGGCUGAUUUCAUUGUAAAAAUUCCAUCUAAUUGAUCAGUGUCUUUGAAAAUUGAUUGCAAUUUGAUAUUUGGGGGUCUGAUGAUAGUAUGGUCCAUAUUAUAUCAAAUCUUUGGAUUUGUAUCUGUGGUAUCCAAUGAUUUGUAAUGAUAAAUUUAGCAAGUGUAAAGAGCCAAGCAUUUGGGGGAAUAAUAUUAAUAAUAUUAAUACUUUGACAGAGGUUACAAGUAUCUUCAUUACUUGAUCCACUUAAUUGUGGCAUUCACACUUCACACUUGCUUAAUUACUUGUUUUUUGACACAUGUCCUGGCAGUUCUUAUUUAAAUCUGUGUUUUAAAAUUAUAAAUCUUAAACUGCUUUAAAUCUUUUUUUUUCAUAUUUGAAAAUUUUUUUUUGUAUAUUGUAUUUUCAAAUGUGCUUAAAAUAGUAUUUUACUACUUCCACUACAAUGUUAGAAAUCUUAAAUUCUCUUAUUGAUAGUGUUAAAUAGCACUGGAUUAUUUCUCUGUUGACUACUGUUCAUUUUUAUCUGAGAGUAGGUUCUAGAAUUUCAGGUAAAUUCUCAUUAUAUAUGUUUUCAUUCUUUAUGUAAAGUUACAUAGUUAACUUUGAAAACUGUUUUGCUAUCUAGAUGAUUGGGGGAUAGGGAGUAUUGAAAAAAAUCUCCCUUAUAAAGUUUCAGCAUGGAUACAGUUGGUGCUGUCCUUCUACUGUGGCUUUUGAUAAAUAGUGAAUCAGACACUAAGAUCUUUUAGCCAUGUUUGGGGCAGCUGUCCAUACAGAUAGGGGAAAGGAAAUAAAUUCAAUUCCCUUCAUUAAUCCCUUUUUAACAUGCAUUCGUAUAGGGAAUACAUUGUUUAGUCCUGCAGAUAUUGAGUUGGACUAAUACAUUUUCAAAUAAAUGAUGCUAGUACAAUCCUAAGUAAAUAUUAAGAAUUCAGACCUUUACUAUAACUACUGCUGUUAAAAGGACAUUGAAAGAAAGUGUCAUUUAAGGUAUAUGUAUGGAUUGUCAAUCUCUAUUCUAUCCCUAUAAAACUUAACAUUUCGAAUGGUACUCAUUGUACCUUCCUUUUUGCUUUUUUUGUAUAGUAUCCAUCCUUAUUGUUAAUGUUAGAUGCUUGGGGUAAGACUGCCAAUAAUAUAACAGGGCCUGUUUCUCACUUUUCCUGUUUUGUGCUGUGAAUGGUACUGAAUACAGUAGAUUAAUUGCUUUGAAUCAGGGCUCUAGAGAUUUGGAGCCGCAAUGGAGCUGAAAUGGAGAAUGGUGGCUUUCAAAGGUAGAGAUGUGAUUAGUAUCAUGACUGCUAUGCCCAACAUGUAUUGAUCCUAUUUGGUAUAACUUGAAAAAAAAUCUUUGUAGAGAAAAAAGCAAAACACCCCAAAAUAUUGACCAUUUAUAUAUUUGA